CAUAUAUCGUCAACCCACACAAACACAUUUAAGACACCGCCCGAAUUUCUCUGUCACACACAAACACACACUAAACCCCCUGUCUCUCUCUGGAUCUCACCGAUUCAACCAACCCCAACUCUCCCACCUGUUUCUCCCAUCUACCUUUUUUUCUCAGCAGAAAAUCCAGCUAAAAAGUGGCAGGGAAAUCCGGCGAAGCAACGACAAGAUACUCAUCGAUAUGUGGCUGCGUCAACUUCAGAUCUGAUCGUUUUUCCACCGAAGUCUACAGAUCCAUUCGUCCACUUUUCCGAUCACCUGUACCGGUUUUCUGUUGCAGAUCAUAAACGAUCUGAUUUUGCUUUCUAGGGUUUUUGCUGAAGAAGGAUUGCAGCAAUGGCGCCGACAACCUUGCGGAAGGCUAUUGGAGCGGUGAAGGAUCAAACAAGCAUUGGAAUCGCAAAAGUAGCUAGCAACAUGGCACCGGAGCUAGAAGUCGCUAUAGUAAAAGCCACCAGUCACGACGACGAUCCCGCCGGCGAGAAAUACAUACGAGAAAUCCUCCAGCUCACAUCAUACUCACGAGGCUACGUCAGCGCUUGCGUCCACGCUGUUUCCAAAAGAUUAAGCAAGACUCGUGAUUGGAUCGUCGCCCUAAAAUGCUUAGUUCUCAUCCACCGACUCUUGAACGACGGCGACUCAGUUUUCCAGCAGGAAAUCAUGUACGCUACCAGAAGAGGAACCAGAUUGCUAAACAUGUCAGACUUCCGUGAUGAAGCACACUCCAAUUCAUGGGAUCACUCCACUUUCGUUAGAACUUACGGGUUUUACCUUGAUCAAAGACUCGAUUUGAUUGCAUAUGAAAGAAAGCAAACCGGUGGCAGCAAUGGCAGCGGCAAUGGAGAUUCCGUGAGGUCCAGGGAAGAUCAAUGGAGAUCUCCACCAAAUCGCGGAUACGAUUAUGACGAUGAACCAGGGUAUGGAAAUAUAAGAAAGUCAAGAUCUUCCGGAGAUGUUAGAGAAGGAUCUGGAUCAUCUCACGACAAGAAAGAUACAAAUACAACCCCUUUGAGAGAUAUGAAACCCGAAAGAAUCUUUGGGAAAAUGGGACAUUUACAAAGGCUAUUAGACAGGGUAUUAUCCUGUAGACCUACUGGUCUAGCAAGAAACAGUAGAAUGGUGUUGGUUGCGUUAUACCCAAUUGUUCAAGAAAGCUUCAAACUUUAUUCUGAUAUAUGUGAAGUUUUAGCCAUUUUACUCGAUCGAUUUUUUGAUAUGGAACAUCAAGAUUGUGUGAAAGCAUUCGAUGCUUACGCAACUGCUGCAAAACAGAUUGAUGAACUUGUAGGCUUCUAUAAUUGGUGCAAAGAUAUGGGAAUUGCAAGAUCAUCAGAGUAUCCAGAAGUUCAAAAAAUCACAGGAAAAUUACUAGAAACUUUAGAAGAAUUUGUUAGAGACAGAGCAAAAGCUACAAAAAGUCCCGAAAAAAAACCCGAAGCCAUCGAACAAGUGAAAGAAGAACCCGUUCCCGACAUGAACGAAAUCAAAGCUUUACCAGCACCGGAGAUUCAUACUCCACCACCACCACCGCCACCUCCGGUGGCGGCUCCGCCGCCCAAACCGCAACACACCGGCGACUUAGUCGACUUACGGGAGGAAUCGGUGACAGCCGAUGACCAAGGAAAUAGAUUCGCGUUGGCUUUGUUCGCCGGUCCGGCGAAAGGUAACGGAAACUGGGAGGCGUUUGGCGGCAGCGGCGAGGCGGAGGUGACGUCGGCGUGGCAGAAUCCGGCGGCGGAGGCUGGAAAAGCUGAUUGGGAGCUUGCGUUGGUGGAAACCGCUAGUAAUUUGGAGAAACAGAAGGCGGCAAUGGGCGGUGGGCUUGACCCGUUGUUGUUGAACGGAAUGUAUGACCAGGGAAUAGUGAGGCAACACGUGAGCACCACCAGUUUGAGUGGCGGCAGUGCGAGUAGUGUGGCUUUACCGGGGAAGUCGUCCGGUGGCACACCGGUGUUGGCCCUCCCAGCUCCUGAUGGGUCGGUUCAACCCGUGGGUGGUGACCCGUUUGCUGCUUCGUUAAGUGUCCCACCACCUGCUUAUGUCCAGAUGGCGGACAUUGAAAAGAAACAACACUUGCUUGUUCAAGAACAGAUGGUUUGGAAUCAGUAUGCGAGAGAUGGAAUGCAAGGUCAAGUUAGUUUGGCUAAAAUCAAUAAUGGUGGAUAUGUUGCUCCGGGUCAACCACCCAUGAUGCCUUAUGGAGCUCCACCUGUAAACGGAUCCGGGUACUACUAUCCCACUUACUAAAAUUCUAAAUACAUUUUUUUCCUAAUUCUUAUUAUGUGUUACAUAUAUUGUGAUGUUUUUUUUUUAUGGUUCCACUCUAUGAGAUUUUUUUUUUGUUGUUAUACUAUGUUUUUGUUAGAACACAUGAGUAACUAAUUCGAUUAUGUAAUUAUUUGCUACUACUAAGUACUAAGUACUAAAUCAAUCUUGUGCGAUUUUGUUGCUUCUUUUUUCAUAAGUAAUGGAUUGAUGCCAUUUGGAAGUA